CUAUGCCCCGCGCCGCCUCCUCGCAGCGGCGGCGAGGUUUGAACUUGGCGUCGGCCCGGAGCCCAGCGCGGCCCCGGGGGGAGGCGGCGGCGGCCCGGCCAGCGGCGAUGAGAUGCGUGUGCAGACCCGGACCCUGCAGACACAGGCACCUCUGAGUCCUUCAGCCCGGAGCACCUGACCUCUGACCCCCAGCACAGGAAAGCAGCAUGGUCAGGAGGGGUUAAACUUCGACUGAAGCACAGGCGCAGUGAACCUGCGGGCCGACCUCAUUCUUGGCAUUCAACCAAAUUUGGGGAGAACCAACCCGAUGCCAGCAUGAUGCAGAUAUCUCAGGGCACGAUUGGCACUCCUUGGCCCCAGAGCUACCAUUCCAGCUCCUCUACCAGGGACCUCUCUGGCUAUGACCAUGCUUAUCUGAGGCGGAGCCCCGACCGGUGCAGCUCCCAGGGGAGCACGGACAGCCUGGAGCCCAGCGGGGGAUGCCCGCCCUGCCACCCUCUCUCCCCGGCCAAGUCUACCAGCAGCAUUGAGCAGCUUGGCCACCUCCAUAACAAGAGAGACUCGGCUUACAGCUCCUUCUCCGCCAGUUCUAGCAUCCUCGAAUAUCCGGCCCCCGGCACCUCUGGCCGGGAGCGUUCAGGCUCCGUGGACACCACUUCUGCUCGAGGCGGCCUCCUAGAAGGGAUGAGGCAGGCAGACAUUCGCUAUGUUAAGACAGUCUAUGAUCCCCGGAGGGGGGUCUCAGCAGAGUAUGAGGUGAACUCUUCAGGCCUGCUCCUGCAAGGUAAGGAGGCCCGAGCAUUGGCAGAUGGUCAGGGCUAUGAGAAAUGGCAUAGUGUUCCUCGGGGCAAGGAAGCACCACCCCCCUCCUGGAGCCAGCACUGCCCCAGCUCCUUGGAGACCACCGCGGACAACUUGCCUCCUAAAGUGGGUGCGCCCCUGCCCCCGGCUCGGAGUGACAGUUAUGCGGCCUUUCGGCAGCGAGAGCGGCCUGGCUCCUGGUCUAGCCUUGAUCAGAAACGGUUCUGCCGGCCUCAGGCAAACUCUGCAGGCACCCUGAAAUCUCCCUUCAUAGAGGAACAGCUGCAUACUGUGCUGGAGAAAAGUCCAGAAAACAGCCCCCCAGUGAAGCCCAAGCAUAAUUACACCCAGAAGGCCCAACCUGGCCAACCUCUGCUGCCGACUGGCAUCUACCCGGUACCUUCCCUGGAGCCACACUUUGCCCAAGUGCCCCGGCCUUCCGUGAGUGGUAACGGCACCCUCUACCCUGCGCUGGCCAAGGAGGGCGGGUAUCCAGCUCCGCAGGGAGCUUGCGACAAGACGACCGCCCUUGAUGAGAAUGGGAACCAAAGUGGAUCUAGCAGGCCUGGCUUUGCCUUCUGCCAGCCCCUAGAACAUGACUCAGUGUCCCCGGGAGAGUGGAAACCUGAAGUUUCAGCCAAAUGUGUCCCCUACAAAGUCCAUUUCCUCUCAGUGCCUGAAAACGAGGAGGAGACCUCCCUGAAGAGACUUCUCACACCUCUCCAAGGCGACAGCCCACAUCCCAGUGAGAGAAAGAGCACCCAGGGCAACAAAUAUUCUAAUUACCACAGCCUCCAAUCCCCUCCGGCUCAGGCCUGGCAAGUGGGUGAAGACAAGAGAUCUUUCCUGCCCUCAGAGCCUUGGGAGGGGGAUUUCCAUGAAGACCACAAUGCCAACCUCCGACGGAGGUUCGACAGAGGCAGCCUGGGCCAGAGCAUGCCAGGCAACUUUGGCAAGACCACAUCUGCCUUCUCCUCCCUCCAAAACAUUCCUGAGAGUCUAAGAAGGCAAAGCAGCCUGGAUCUAGGAGGGGGAGCCCAGGAGAUCUACCUGGAAGGCACAUCCACCUGUACAGUCGGCACCAAGGCAGAGGACUCUGGAAGGACUGUUGUUCCUGAUCACAGGAGCCAGCUGGACAGGUCAGUUUCCUAUCCCAGGCCUGAGGGGAGAACCAGUGCCUUGGCUUCGUUCCACAGUUCAGACCCAAGGUAUGAAGAGCUGCCCUCCCCGCCCCCGCAGGAGACAUCCAGUCUGGGCCGAAGGAGGCUCAGCUCCAGCAGCGCCUCGGCUCUGCAGGGCUUUCAGUAUGGGAAGCCCCACUGCUCCGUGCUGGAGAAGGUUUCCAAGAUUGAGCAGCGAGAGCAAGGGAGCCAGAGACCCCCGAGUGCGGGCAGCUCUAGUUACGGUUAUAACCACAGGCCCAACCGGACACUCCCAACUUCUAAUACUUUGGGGAAUGACUUGGAGGAGACAAAGGCCCAUAUCCGUUUUUCCGAAUCCAUUGAACCCCUAGGCAAUGGGGAGCCGCACUGCAAAAACGGGGAGCCGAAGUCGGAAGAGGUUUCCUGGCAGCCGUGUGGUCAGCAGCUGAGGCGGGACGCUCGCCUGCUCCGCAGCCAGAGCACCUUCCAGCUCUUCAGCGAGGCGGAGAAGGAGGCCGUGUGGCCCGAUGACCGGCCCCGCACGCCAGAGUCGCCCGUGCAGGAUGCCCCCUUCAGCCGCGCCUACCGGAACAGCAUCAAGGAUGCGCAGUCCCGCGUCCUGGGCGCCACCUCCUUUCGACGCCGGGACCUCGAGCCGGGGACGCCCACAGCUGCCAGGCCCUGGCGGCUGCGACCCGCCUCCGCCCACGUGGGGCUGCGGAGCCCGGAAGCGCCGACUUCCGCCUCUCCGCACACUCCGCGCGAGCGGCACAGCGUGACCCCGGCCGAGGGCGACCCUGCCCGGCCCGCUCCCCCCGCCACCCGGAGGGGGCCGCGCCGGCACCUGACCCCUGAGCAGAAGAAGCGCUCGUACUCGGAACCCGAGAAGAUGCAUGAGGUGGGGGUCUCGGAGGAGGCCGAGCCGGCGCCCCCGGGCCCGCCAAGGAAGGGGCCGCAGUUCGCGGAGAGCUCGGUGGCUGACCGGCGCCGCAUCUUCGAGCGAGACGGCAGGGCCUGCUCCACCCUCAGCCUUUCGGGGCCCGAGCUGAAGCAGUUCCAGCAGAGCGCGCUGGCCGACUACAUUCAGCGCAAGACCGGCAAGCGGCCCGCUGCCGCUGGCUGCGGCCUCCAGGAGCCUGGGCCGCUGCGGGAGCGCGUCCAGAGCGCCUACCUCCAGGCCGCGCCCGAGGGCCCCAGCCUCGCUGCUGCCUCCAGUCUCUCCUCUCUGCGGGAGCCCAGCCUGCCGCCCCGCAGGGAGGCCGCCCUCCAGCCGGCCACCGCGGAAGGGGGUGGCGGGGAGCCGCCACGGGCCCCCCGAGAUCGCAGCAGCUCCUUUGCCGGUGGCCGCCACCUCGGGGAACGGCGCCGCGGAGACCAAGCCCCGAGAGAACUGCUCAGUGGAGCUAACGGCGGUCCAAAGGGCCCCCAGAGGCUGGACAGGACCCCUGGGGAGCCCUCCCCGUGGGGGUCCGCAGCCGGGAGGGCCGGGAAGUCCAUGUCGGCCGAGGACCUGCUGGAGCGCUCAGGCGUUCAGGCCAUCCCUGUCCACAUGAGGUCACGGUCAUCUCCCACCGCAGACAAGCGCCAGGAUGUGCUUUUGGGGGAAAACAAUGGCUUUGGUCUUGUGAAGGAUCCCUGUUAUUUGGCUGGCCCAGCAUCCAGGCCAUUCAGCUGUUCCAGCCGUGAAGAGAUGUUGUUGCUCCAACACCAUCCCAGCCCUCGUUGCGGGGUUUCGGGCGGCAAAGCAGGUGGUGGUGCCUCCAUUCCCGGCAGGGGUCUGGGACCGCUGGACCCUCCAAGGCAGGCCAGCAGAACGCCUUGCCCCCGGCCCCUGCCCUCAGGAGCUCAAGGGCACCUCCCGGACACCAGGGCUGCACCGCCGAGCUCAGCCCUGCCUGCCCCUGGCCCCUCGAGCUACUGCUCACAGGCCGCCGCCGCCCAGCCCUGCACCCCAGCCGGGACCCCCAAAAAUGGCGGCCACUGGCUGGCCCAGCCUCCCAGCCCCGAGCGCAGGAAGGAGGAGGGAGCAGGGACGCGGCCCUCCCCGCCCUGGGUGAAGAGGGCCCACGCGGUCCGAGAGGACAGCCUCCCCGAGGACGGCGCCUCGCCUGGGUGCGCGAGCCCCAAGCACUACCCCAAGCCGCAGGCCCUCCCCAGCCCGAGCAGCACUACUGACCCCGACACGCCCCUCGGGGCCCCGGGCACUCUGGGCAGGGUCUCCCUCCGGAUCUCUGGGUCGGCCCCGCUGGCCUCCCUGCCGCCUCGGGAGGGCGACGACGACGAGGUGUUCGUGAGGGACCUAGGCUCCACCGCCUCUUCCGGCCCCGCCUGCGAAGCGCCGCCCCCGCCCAGCUGGGAAGCCCCGGCCCAGAACCUGGACAGCUUCCCUCCGCCUCCCCCUGAAGCUGUGUGCGCGGAGCAGUGGGACAGCGAGGGCUACCGGGAGCCCCACGCCAGCAGCUCCGGCAAACUUGCCAAGGUGACAGUUGCCAAGGAAAGGCCCAUCCCUGGUGCAGCCCAUUUGGUUGAUAGUCAGAUACUGGCUUCCAGAUCCCAGACUUCCAUCAAGAGUUCAGAGGCCAGUGAGACCAACCCACCCUCCACCACUGGUGCUCCGCCCCAGCCUGCCGGGUCUCUUAGCAAGCAGCCAAGCCCAGGGCAGCCCCCUUCCAUCCAGACCCAAAGCCUCAGCCACGACCCAGUCAGUGGGACUCAGAGUUUAGAAGAGAAUGUCAGCUCUGGCCCUCAGAAGACCUCAGAAGACAUGAGAACAGAGGCUCUGGCCAAGGAAAUUGUCCACCAAGACAAAUCUCUGGCAGACAUUUUGGAUCCAGACUCCAGAAUGAAGACAACUAUGGACCUGAUGGAAGGUUUGUUUCCACGAGAUGCUAAUCUGCUGAAGGAAAACAGCAUAAAGAGGAAGGCCAUGCAGAGAACUGUCAGCUUCCCAGGAUGUGAAGCUAAGAGGAGUGAAGACAAGGAAGCAGCGGGCAUGUUGGUCAACUGUCCUGUCUACUACAGCGUGUCUGCUCCCAAGGCCGAGCUUCUGAACAAAAUCAAAGCUAUGCCAGAGGAGGUGAAUGAGGAAGAGGAGCCGGCAGACAUCAACGAAAAGAAGGCGGAGUUGAUUGGAAGCCUCACCCACAAGCUUGAGACCCUCCAGGAAGCCAAGGGGAGCCUGCUGACGGACAUCAAGCUCAAUAACGCCCUGGGGGAAGAGGUAGAGGCCUGGAUCAGUGAGCUCUGCAAGCCCAAUGAGAUCGACAAGUACAAGAUGUUCAUCGGGGACUUGGACAAGGUGGUGAACCUGCUGCUCUCCCUCUCGGGACGCCUGGCCCGCGUGGAGAACGUCCUCAGCGGCCUUGGUGAAGACGCCAGUAACGAGGAAAGGAGCUCUCUCAACGAGAAGAGGAAGGUCCUGGCUGCGCAGCACGAGGACGCCCGGGAGCUCAAGGAGAAUGUGGACCGGAGGCAGCGCGUGGUGCUGGACAUCCUGGCCCAUUACCUUUCCAAGGAGCAACUCCAGGAUUACCAGCAUUUUGUGAAAAUGAAGUCGACACUCCUCAUCGAGCAGCGGGAGCUGGACGACAAGAUCAAGCUGGGCCAGGAGCAGGUCAAGUGUCUGCUGGAGAGCCUUCCCUCGGAUUUCGUGCCCAAGGCAGGGGCCCUGGCUCUGCCCCCAGGCCUCGCCGGUGACGUGACUGCCGUGGGAGGGUGGACUGUCAGUAUUUUUCCAACAGUAACCUCUCCACUUUAACCUCUUCUCCAGGACCCAACGAAAAGCCCACCCCUUCUCUCAACACUAUUUAAUCUGAAAAACGUUUCAAUACAAGCCAGCCUUUAAACUCUAUGGGUUAUGGGGGGUUUUCUGGAUAAAAGGAAAAAAUUCCAUCCAGGAAAAAGCCUGUCUUUUCCUUCUCGCCCUUCAUGAUUGAUCUUCUGAGAGCUUGAAUGCUGCUGGGAACUUACCCCUUUCUGUUGUCACUUCAUGGUAGGAAGAAAAUUAAUGAAACUGUGCGAACUGAUCGGAGGGUGUCUGUUUAGUUUUCCACAGGCUUGAGGCAACAUGGAUAAGUGCGUGUCACCCUCAGGAAUGUACCCACAGUGGCCUUCCCUGCUUGUGGGCAGUGUAUCCUGACGACAGGUACGCGUACUUAAGGGUCUGCAACAUAAAGCCUUAAAGAGAAACACACACAGGAGAAAACUGUCAAACCUUGAACGUUGUUAUUUAUAUUUUUAAAAAUGAAAAAGAUCAUUGUUUGUGUGCUAACCACUUACUUGAUUCUGUUUUGUGGUGGACGUAGACGGUUACAUUUGAGCUUUGUAUUUUGUGAGAACCUUAAUGAAACGAAGAAUUCCAAA